UCCAAUAAUAUCAUGAGUUAUUUGAAAUACUAUUGUUUAAAAAAGGUUGCAUUAAAAGUCAAAUGCAAGUUUCUCAAGAGUUUGAAUAAACUUUACACAUGUCAAAUAUUUAGUAAUGAACAUCAGUGGACAUUGUUUUUAAAUAAUUUCUUUAGUUAUAAAAGUUCUUUUUUUUUUUCUUUUGAACAAGAGUAGAGAAAAGGGGGCCCUAGUCUUUUUUGCCAUGAAGAAUUUGACUUAUUAGUUCCCGACAUAAGAAAAAGAGAUGUUUUACCUAAAAAUAAAAUAAUAGAAAUAAUAGAAAUAAUUAUAUGAAUGAAACAAACCCUAAUUGCUUAAUGCCCUUAGGCUAAGAACUGGGGGUCCUACAAAGUUGGGAUCAUGAAACACAGUUAUCACAACCAAUAAUAACACACUUGUACACAUUAUUGUUGGUCUUAGUAUCAAAUUCAAAUGCAAACACUAAAUUCCACACAAUUAAGUCAUAUGGUAUACUUAGUCAUAUUCGCAAGGGCUCCACUGGGCUUAUUUUCGGGCCCGGGCCUGUGUCCGGGUCGGUCGGUCGGGUGUUGAAUUUUUUAGUUAAAAGAAAAAAAUAAAAUAAAAUAAAAAAUGCGAUUGUCAUCUAUUAUAUCAUAUUGGUUAAACCAUAUUACAUAAAAAUCUAAAAUAAAGUAUGAAAUUUUUCUAUACAGGCCCGGGUUUAGGGUUUGGGCCCUAAACCCUAAGGAAACCCCAAAAUCAAACCCCACCACCACCCACUCCACUUAUCUUUUUAUUGGCAAAUGACUAAGCCCCCCAAGACCCUUAGUCCACAAGCUGCCACGUGGCAAAAUCUCAAUCACUUAUUCGUCUAAAGAUAAGCAUCUCUUCCCUUAUAGUCAAUCCCUUCCCCUUGACUUUUAUACCCUUGUAUAUAUAUAUAUAAGACCUAUCCCUCCCUCCAUUUUCAUCACCAUUGUUACUCCCACUCAAGCUCAAGCUUUUCACAUGAGAAGAAGAAGAAUGGGUGUCAUUCCCAUGGACUCUCACCUCCCUAAAGUCAACCCUAAUCUCCAUGUCCCUAAAGACCACUCUUCCAUCAUAGAAGAAAUACAAGGUCUCAUCAAGGUCUUCAAAGAUGGCCAUGUUGAGAGGCUCCCUGUCAUGCCAGAGGUCCCACCUUCUUGGUCCUCUAACCAUGAUGUCCUUAGCAAGGACAUAGUCCUACACCCUUCCACUUCUCUUUGGUCUCGUUUCUACAUUCCCAUGCAUCAUCUUCAUCAUCAUCAUCAACUCCCUUUGCUUGUGUACUUCCAUGGAGGAGGGUUUUGCAUUGGCUCAGCUGCAUGGAAGUGUUACCAUGAAUUUCUCUCACGUCUAGCACUUGAAACUACGUCUAUUAUCUUGUCGGUGAAUUACCGGCUUUCGCCGGAGCACCGUCUUCCCGCCGCUUAUGAAGACGGCCUCACCGCCGUCAAGUGGUUGAGAACCAAAGCUGGCUCUGAGGACCAUGCUUUGUUUAUCUCUCACUGUGAUCUCUCCAACGUUUACCUCGCCGGAGAUAGCGCCGGUGGAGCUAUAGCUUACCAUGUUGUCACUCAACUAGGGAACAACAAUGGCAACAUGAUCAUCAAAGGUGUUAUAUUAAUGCAACCUUUCUUUGGUGGAGAAGAGAGAACAAACUCAGAGACGAUGAGUUUAGAACAACCGAUGAAGUCUGCGUUGAGCUUACCGACGUCGGACGCUUAUUGGAGGCUUUCAUUGCCUCCGGGGGCUGACCGGAAUCACCGGUGGUGCAAUCCUUUUGGCAGAGGAGCUCCAAAGGUUGAUGAUCCUCAGAUGAAGAUCCCUUCCAUGCUUGUUUGUGUUGCAGAGCUUGAUAUAUUGAAGGAUAGAAACUUAGGGUUUUGCAUGGCUUUGAGAAUGGCAGGGAAGAAGGUGGAGCUUAAGGUUUAUAAUGGAGUUGGCCAUGCAUUCCAAAUUCUUCAUCAAUACUCUCAUGUCUCUCAAGCAAGAACUCUGGAGAUGAUAAAUGAUAUUAAGAACUUCAUAUUUAGCACUAGAUAAUAAUAUACAUAUAUAUAUAUAUAUAUAUAUAUAUAUAUUAAUCUUGAUGAUGUACUAGUUCUAAUUAUAUUAUAUAUAUGCGUGUGUAUGUUUGUAAGUUAUAUUUAGUAUGAAUGAAUGAAUGAUAUGGAGGUUGAGGAGCAGCA